AUGCACCGAGAGACGUUGCCAGCCAUGCGAUUCACAUCGGCCAUGCACAAGAUGAUCCUCGGCGUCGGCCCGGUGACCGUGGAGGACAUGGCCAGCGUGGACCCGGAGUACUGCCGCCACAAGGUGCAGUACAUCCUGGAGGCAAAGUAUGCCGAGGGUGACUCGCCGAUGACAAUCGACGACCUGGAGCUCACUUUCGAGGACACGCCGCAGCCCGACGUCUUCCCCGACGUCCGGAUUGAGCUUUGUCCGAAAGGCGCCCAGGUCCGCGUCACGGAGGAGAACAAGGGGCACUACGUGGACCUCCUGGUGGACAGCCGCGUCAGGGGCUCCGUGCACGCCGAGGUGCAGGCGCUGGUCCAGGGUGCUCGGCUAGUAAUCCAGGACGAAGUGUGGGACCAGAUUCAGCGCAUCGUGAGUCCCGCCGAGCUGGACUUGCUGGUGUGCGGCCUCCAGGAGCUGGACCUGGCGGACUGGCGCGCGAACAGCACCCGCGCCGAGGGCGUGGACCAGGAAACAUGGGACACGUUCUGGAAGGUGGUCGAAGGGUUCAGCACGCUGCAACAGAAGGAGCUGCUCGAGUUCGUCACGGGCAGCUCCGGGCUGCCCGUGGGCGGCUUCGCGGCGCUCUCCGGCUACGGCUCGGACGUGCACAAGUUCUGCGUCGCGGCCUCGCGCCGGGGCAGCCUGCCGGCAGCGCAGACGUGCUUCAACACCCUGUAUCUGCCCGAGUGCAGAGACGAG